GGCGGCAGCAGCAGGAGGAGGAGCCGGAGCCGGAGGCGGCGGUGGCCGGGGAACCCAUGGCGUACAGUCAAGGAGGCGGCAAGAAGAAAGUCUGUUACUACUACGAUGGUGAUAUUGGAAACUAUUAUUAUGGACAAGGUCAUCCCAUGAAACCUCAUAGAAUCCGCAUGACCCAUAACUUGCUGUUAAAUUAUGGCUUAUACAGAAAAAUGGAAAUUAUGGACCCAUAAGCCACUGCCGAAGAAAUGACAAAAUACCACAGUGAUGAGUAUAUCAAAUUUUUGCGGUCAAUAAGACCAGAUAACAUGUCUGAGUAUAGUAAGCAGAUGCAGAGAUUUAAUGUUGGAGAGGAUUGUCCAGUGUUUGAUGGACUCUUUGAGUUUUGUCAGCUCUCAACUGGCGGCUCAGUUGCUGGGGCCGUGAAGUUAAACCGACAACAAACUGAUAUGGCUGUUAAUUGGGCUGGAGGAUUACAUCAUGCUAAGAAAUCAGAAGCAUCAGGGUUCUGUUAUGUUAAUGAUAUUGUGCUUGCCAUUCUUGAAUUACUAAAGUAUCAUCAGAGAGUCUUAUAUAUUGAUAUAGAUAUCCAUCAUGGUGAUGGUGUUGAAGAAGCUUUUUAUACAACAGAUCGUGUAAUGACUGUAUCAUUCCAUAAAUAUGGGGAAUACUUUCCUGGCACGGGAGACUUGAGGGAUAUUGGUGCUGGAAAAGGCAAAUACUAUGCUGUCAAUUUUCCAAUGAGAGAUGGUAUAGAUGAUGAGUCAUAUGGACAGAUAUUUAAGCCUGUAAGUAUUAUUAUUCUCAAAUUGAAAUGGAUUUAAAAGUUGUUAGAGAUAUAACAUUUGUUAUUUGUUUUAAUUAUCUCAAAAGUGAUGGAGAUGUAUCAGCCUAGUGCCAUGGUAUUACAGUGUGGUGCAGACUCAUUAUCUGGUGAUAGACUUGGUUGUUUCAAUCUAACAGUGAAAGGUCAUGCUAAAUGUGUAGAAGUUGUAAAAACUUUUAACCUACCAUUACUGAUGCUUGGAGGCGGUGGCUACACAAUCCGUAAUGUUGCUCGAUGUUGGACAUAUGAGACUGCAGUUGCCCUAGAUUGUGAGAUUCCUAAUGAGUUGCCAUAUAAUGAUUACUUUGAGUAUUUCGGACCGGACUUCAAACUGCAUAUUAGUCCUUCAAACAUGACAAACCAGAAUACUCCAGAAUAUAUGGAAAAGAUAAAACAGCGUUUAUUUGAAAACUUGCGCAUGUUACCUCAUGCACCUGGUGUCCAAAUGCAAGCUAUUCCAGAAGAUGCUGUUCAUGAAGACAGUGGAGAUGAAGAUGGAGAAGAUCCAGACAAAAGAAUUUCUAUUCGAGCAUCAGACAAGCGGAUAGCUUGUGAUGAAGAAUUUUCAGAUUCUGAGGAUGAAGGAGAAGGAGGUCGUAGAAAUGUGGCUGAUCAUAAGAAAGGAGCGAAGAAAGCUAGAAUUGAAGAAGAUAAGAAGGAAACAGAAGACAAAAAAGCAGAUGUUAAGGAAGAAGAAAAAUCCAAGGACAAUAGUGGUGAAAAAACAGAUACCAAAGGAGCCAAAUCAGAACAGCUCAGCAACCCUUGAAUUCGAAAGUCUCACCAACUUCAGAAAAUCGUUAAAAAGAGAAAAUAUUGAAAAGAAUGGUUUCAAAAGACUUCCGGCUUCAUUUUAUACUACUUUGGCAUGGACUGUAUUUAUUUUCAAAUGGCUUUUUUCGUUUUUGUUUUACUUGGCAAGUUUUAUUGUGAGUUUUUCUAAUUAUGAAGCAAAAUUUCUUUUUCUCCACCAUGCUUUAUGUGAUAGUAUUUAAAAUUGAUGUGAGUUAUUAUGUCAAAAAACUGAUCUAUUAAAGAAGUAAUUGGCCUUUCUGAGCUGAUUUUUCCAUCUUUUGUAAUUAUCUUUAUUAAAAAAUUGUACUUGGAUU